AGGUAUUCCUUGUUUCAAUUUGUGCUUUGGGCAAGGAUUUAGGAGGCCUCUUGGAGGGUCCGAAUCUCACGCAAAAAUGGCAGCUUCUUUUUCGAACGCCUUCUACACUCUUCCGUUUUCUUCUUCUUCUUCGACCUCCGGAGCAUCCAAAGCCCCCCAAACCCUAAUUCAUAAUCAUUACUGCCAUUUCUUUCUCGAUAAACCCAUCCACACCACAAGUUUACCUCUCUCCAGAGACUACAAACACAGUCCAAUUAUCAUCAAGAAUCCCAGGCGCUCCUUGCCCAGACCUGCCCUUACUCCUGAAGACUCUGCUCCCCAAACAAAUGGCGAUGAGGCUAGUCCCAGUGAACUAGAAAAUGAAGCAGAUGAGAAAUAUUCUACCAGUUUAAAGUCCCUCAUGCAAUUUUACAAAGUUGCCAUUUUAAAUGGAGAUGUAAAAGCUGUAUCUGAGAUUGAGGUUAUGAUGUGCCGAGUAGAAAAGGAGAAAGCUAAGUUGGCCGAGAGAGUUUCAGCUUUGUCAGCCGAGAUAAACUCGGGGAAGGAAAGAUAUAUCAGGUUGCAAGCCGAUUUUGAUAAUUUCAGGAAAAGGUCUGACAAGGAGAAAUCGACAAUUAGGGGUGAUGCUCAGGCACAAGUAGUCGAAAACCUCCUGCCCAUUGUAGACAACUUUGAGAGAGCUAAGCAACUGAUUAAAGUAGAAACCGAGAGGGAGAAAAAGAUAGACACCAGUUACCAGGGUAUAUACAAGCAAUUUGUCGAGGUAAUGAAGAGCUUGCAAGUCACCGUCGUACCCACUGUUGGCAAGCCAUUUGAUCCCUUGCUACACGAAGCAAUUGCUCGAGAAGAAUCUCACGAGUUUCAGGAGGGAAUAAUAACUCAAGAAUUCCGUCGUGGUUUUAAGCUUGGAAGCCGCCUAUUGAGACCAGCGACGGUUAAGGUUUCGUCCGGGCCGGGUAAAAGAAAACAGUCUCCAGUGAUGCAGAAAUCUGCUGGGCAGCCUGCAGCAAGUCAUGGAGUUGAUGAAUGAUAUGAUGCUGCUUUUACAUUAUAAUUUGAAAUAUCUCAUUGCAGACCAGCCCACAUAUUUGCCAUUGUGGCAUUCUUUUGGUGAAUUCUAUAACAUUUAUUCACUUCAAUCAUAGGAAAAUAAUUUUCUUGGCUGAA